UGGUUCCUGCCCUAUGGCGAGAGACUCCCCGAGGGAUGGCCGGAGCGGGACUUCGAUGGGGAGAUCCAGGAUGUGGCUGCGUUGCGGGAAGUGCAGGAUGGUGAUUAUACUGCUGCUGCUGUUGGGUCAUGAGGGGGAUGGUCGCUGCUUUCGCCAUCAUCAUCACCAUUGUCAACGACCGGAUGGAUUGCCGGAGAAGGAGGAGCCCGUCACAACUCCAUGACAACAACCCAGACAGGCCCUCGAAAGCACGAGGAGAGAAAUGCUUUCCCGGAUUCAUAAACAAGCGGAUCUCCACUCGCCAUCACGACACUUUCCGGGCUUUUACGACCCAGCUUCCUCGAUGCCCCGGCCGCCAACCCGCGUCUCGAAAUGCGAAUGGGAAACCGAUUCCUCCCGAUCGCCAGCCAGUUCCGCAACAGAAAUCUCCACUCCGCGAUGUCGCCUUCUGCCCGAGAGCCUAUGAGCCACGAGAAUCACCCACGACCCACGGUUUUCUUUUCCUUCCCGUCCCUCUUCUCUCUUCCCGGAGAGGACGAAUCCCCGCGCCGCGUCGGCAAGGAAACCGGUCCGGGCUCGCGAGAUGGUCGUGGUGCCCCUCCCCUGCUCGCCGGAAAAUCGUCCCGGAACUCUCCGUCCCCAGCAACGGUGACGGCAUGGGAGGUUGCCAAAAAGAAAUUAGCAGAAGAAACAGGGUCAGUCGAUCCGCGGUGCGAAAGGAGGGGGGGCGUGUCCGUCCUCGAGGUUCCCCUCCCCGGAACGAGAUUUCCCGGUGUCGAAAGGCUCCCCCUCCAGCAGCCCAAGAAAAAAGGGGCGAAAAGAGCGACAGAGCGAGACGGAAGACGAGGCUUUUGCAUUAUCACCGCAGUGACGGGGGAUAGAAGGGAACAAAAUCAUCGAAAUGGAAACUUGGAGGGGGAAGAGCGCGUCGCUGCGGAUAAAUGAGUCGGACGCCUGAUUUCGGCAAUUCGGUUCGUUCGCUCGCUCGCUCGCUCGCUCGCUCGUUCGUCCGUCCGUUCAUACAUUCUCGAGAAAUUUGAAAACACAAUGAGAAGAGGCAGGGAUAGGGAGAGAGGAUAGAGGUAGAAGGGGAGCAGAGGAAACCCUGUCCUGGAUUGGAUUUGAAAUUCUCCUUCCUUCCUCUCUCCCUUCCCUUACUUCCACCUCUGGCUGGCUGGCUGGCUGGCAGGCGGGCUGAAGGGAAGAAAUCCGUCCUAGAUGGAUGGGCGAUCCGUCCAAUGU